AUGCUCUUCUUCAGCUUCUUCAAAACGCUCGUCGAGCACGAAAUCACCGUCGAACUCAAGAACGAAGUCCAGAUCCGCGGAACACUCAAGAGCGUGGACCAGUACCUGAACAUCAAGCUGGACAAUGCAGAGGCGGUGGAUGAGCUGAGGUGGCCGCAUUUGUGCUCGACAAAAGACAUGUUCAUCCGCGGUUCCGUCGUUCGAUACGUACACCUUCCUUCCGGCGCUGUCGACACCGCAUUGCUCGAGGACGCGACAAGGAGAGAAGCUGAGGCGGCGAAGAACAAGGCGAAAUGA